AUGGUUAAAUCUUACCAGCGUUUCGAACAGGAUUCCGUAUUUGGUGUUAUUGACUCUAACGCUAACUCCGUUUGGAUUCCACCUACGUCUACCGAAAGAUCUACCAAUCCAGGUAAAAUUAUUACCAGUGCUCUAGAAAAUAUAAACAUAUGGAACAUUAAAACUGGUGAACUGGAUAGCUUCUUAACCGAUGGUAUUCCAUUAGGUUCUAUCGAUGCUAAGUCUACCAAACCUGCAGAAGUCACAUAUUUGAAAUAUCAUAAGGACACGAAUUUGUUAGCCACUGGUUAUGCUGAUGGUGUUAUCAAAGUAUGGGAUUUGAUGUCAAAAUCUGUCUUGUUGAGUUUCAAUGGUCACAAGUCUGCUAUUACGGCAUUAGAAUUUGACGUUACUGGUACCAGGUUGAUAUCUGGUUCCAGAGAUUCUAAUAUUAUUGUAUGGGAUUUGGUUAGUGAAGUUGGUCUUUAUAAAUUGAGAUCUCAUAAAGAUAAUAUAACAGGUUUGUGGUGUAAAGAUGAAAAUUGGUUGAUUAGUACCUCUAAGGACGGUUUGAUCAAAAUCUGGGAUUUAAAGAUUCAACAAUGUGUUGAAACACAUAUCGCACAUACAGGUGAAUGUUGGAGUCUGGGUAUUCACAACGAUUUGGUUGUCACAACAGGUUCUGAUUCCCAAGUAAAAAUCUGGCAAUUAAACUUAGAAGGGAAUAAUGGUAUGAUGCUAUUGGAGAAAGGUAUUCAUGAAAAGCAAAGUAAACAAAGAGGUUUGGAUAUUCAAUUCAAGACUACCACUGAUGGUGUUACAUUCUUCUUCAUCCAAAAUGCUGACAAGACAAUUGAAGUGUUUAGAAUUAGAAAGGACGAAGAAAUUGCAAGAGCAUUGAAAAAAAGAGAAAAGAGAUUACUAGAAAAGGGAAUGGCAGAAGAAGAAAUUUCAUUAAAUAUUAAAAACUCAUAUGUUUCCUUGUUAAUGCAUCCAUUCCAAAUUGUAAGAUCAUUAUUUAAGGUGAAAUCAGCUUGUUGGACAUACACAACUCAUUCAAAGUUGGACUUGGUGGUCACAACAUCUAGUAAUACUAUCGAAUAUUAUUCCAUUCCUUAUGAAAAGAGGGAUCCAACCCAACCAGCACCAAUUAAACUACAUUCCAUAGAAUUACAAGGUCUACGAACUGAUAUUAGAGCAAUUGAUAUUAGUGAUGAUACAAAAUUGUUGGCAACAGCUUCUAAUGGUCUAUUGAAAAUUUGGAAUAUAAAAACUAAACUAUGCAUAAGGACCUUUGAAUGUGGAUUUGCAUUAACAUGUAAGUUUUUACCAGGUGGUUUAUUAGUCAUGGUUGGUACUAGAAAUGGUGAGUUACAACUAUAUGAUCUUGCUACUUCUACCCAACUGGAAAAUAUUGAAGAUGCACAUGAUGCUGCCAUCUGGUCCUUAGAUAUUACUAAUGAUGGUAAGAAACUUGUCACUGGAUCUGCUGAUAAAACAGUGAAAUUCUGGGAAUUUAAAUUAGAUCAACAGCUUAUUCCGGGGACCACAGACAAGUUUGUCAACGCAUUAAAAUUGCAUCACGAUACCACUAUGGAAUUAAAUGAUGAUAUCUUAAAUAUUAAAUUAUCUCCAGAUGAUAAAUAUUUGGCAGUUUCAUUAUUAGAUAACACAGUGAAGAUUUUCUUCAUGGAUACUAUGAAAUUUUUCUUAAGUUUAUACGGUCAUAAAUUACCUGUGUUGUCAAUUGAUAUUUCAUUUGAUUCCAAAUUAGUGAUUACAUCUUCUGCUGAUAAAAAUAUUAAGAUUUGGGGUCUGGAUUUUGGUGAUUGUCACAAAUCUCUUUUCGCACAUCAAGAUUCUAUUAUGAAUGUCAAAUUUGUUCCUGAGUCCCACAACUUCUUUAGUUGUUCCAAGGAUGGUUUAGUCAAGUAUUGGGAUGGUGAUAAGUUUGAAUGUAUUCAAAAAUUGGCUGGUCAUCAAAGUGAAGUGUGGGCUUUGGCUAUGGCAAAUGAUGCAUCGUUCGUGGUAUCGACUUCUCAUGAUCAUAGUAUUAGAGUAUGGGCUGAAACCGAAGAUGAAGUUUUCUUAGAGGAAGAAAGAGACAAAGAGAUGGAAGAACAAUAUGAAGAAACGUUAUUAAAUUCAUUAGAAGAAGGUCAUGGUGAUGCCGCCUUUAAUAAAGAUUCUGGUGAUGCUCAAGACGAUGAAUCAUCUGACGUCCACAAACAAACAAUUGAGUCCUUAAAGGCCAGUGAAAGACUGAUGGAGGCUCUUGAUCUAGGUAUAUCUGAAAUUGAAAAGAAGAAAACAUAUGAUAGGGAGAUGAAAAAAUGGAAAAAGAAGAAAGCUGGUGAAGCACCAAUUUCUCCACAGGCUAAUGCUAUAUUGUUGGCAAUAAAGAAAUCUCCAACAGAAUAUAUUAUGGAUACUUUGGUAAGAAUUAAACCUUCGCAAAUGGAAGAUGCUUUGUUAGUGUUCCCAUUUUCCUACACUUUGAAAUUUUUACAAUUUAUCGAUAUUGCAUUAGCUGAUCCUAGAUUAAGCAGUAAUCAUCUACCAUUAAUCUGUAAGAAUUUAUUCUUUGUGAUAAGAUAUAACCAAAAAGAAUUGGUGGCCCAAAAGAAUGAAACUUUGAAAUUACAAAUCACUAGAGUGAAAACACAAUUGAGAAACAAAUUACAAGAGAACGAGGACAAUUUAGGCUUCAAUGUUCAAGGUUUGAAAUUUGUGAAACAACAAUGGAACUUGAGACAUAACUUUGAGUUCGUUGAUGAGUAUGAACAAAGAAAGGAAGAAGAAAAGGGUAAGAAGAAGAGAGUCUUUGAGACUUUGGUGUAG